AUGCUGUCUCAAAGAAACACAACGGCGUCGUGGACGUUGAGGAGUGUACUCCUCGCCGCGAUCCCCCUUGCUGCUGCCAAUCCUCUGAACUUCGCUUUCCCGUCAAGCGCAACCUCGCCAGUCCCAUUCGUCGCCUCAGUCGAUCCGGCAUUCAUCGAAGAAACACUGCAGAAGGCCAGACGGUACAUGCCGUCCAUUGACCUCCUCGAUGCUGCCGAGAGCAACGCGGGGUGGCUCGAGGGCCCUCCCAGGGAGAACAUGACGGCCCUGGCAGGGUUCUGGGCCGAAGAAUACGAGUGGUUUCAAACCCAGGACGAAAUCAACAACAAUCUGUCCCACUACGCCGUCACCAUCCCGAGUGGCGCCCACUACGAACACCCGAUACCGCUCCACUUCGUCCACGAGCGCUCGGCCGCCGAAGACGCCAUCCCGCUGCUUCUCCUGCACGGGUGGCCGUCGACGCACCUCGAGUGGUCCAAAGUCAUCGGCCCGCUCGUAGCACCGACGGACACAGCGGCGCAGGCCUUCCACGUCGUCGCGCCGGACCUACCGGGUUUCGGCUUCAGUCCCGCGCCCAUGUACUCAGGCCUCGGCGCGCGCCAGAUGGGCGCCGCCUUCGACCAGCUGAUGCGGCAGCUCUGGUACUCCUCAUACGGCGUCAUCAGCACGGACCUAGGGUGGUACGUCGGCCUCUUUCUUACCGACCUCGUGCCCGACAGCAUAAUCGGACAUCUCUCCGACUUCUGGAUCAUCCCGCCCAACGCGACCGACCUCGAGCGGCUGGCGCAGAACCAGACCACCGAGCAGGAGACGCGGUACAUAACGGCGCUGCGGGCCUGGAAAUCGAACCACUUUGGCUACGCGACGGUCCAUGCGCAACUGCCGCUGGCCCUCGGCCAGGCCCUGACGGAUACGCCGGUCGGUUUUGCGGGCUGGGUCUGGGAACUCAUGCACAUCGUCGGCGACGGGUACGCGUACAGCCUCGACGAGGUCAUCACGAGCGCCAUGAUGCUGUUCAUACAGGGCACGUGGGGGAAACUGAGGGCAUAUAAGGAGGCGUUAAAGGACGGCGAGAACCUCCCCAUCACCAAAGUCCCCACGGGCGCUACGCAAUGGGGCUUCCCGAACGGGGACUUCAAAGACAUCCAGUAUUUCUACGACGUUCCCCGAGAUUGGUUGGAGCGCCUUGUGAACCUCGUUUAUCUCUCCACCCACGAGGGCGGCGGCCAUUUCCCGGCUCUCAGCCAGCCGGAGCUCUGGGUGCAGGAUGUCCAGAUGUUCUUUGGUAACCUUACGAACAAGACCUAG